AUGAAUAUACAUACAUCUCAGGCGGAGAUCCAGGUUCCACAGGUAGACCUGAGGUAUAAGUUCAGACAGCUGAUGGUGUGGGGGGCGGAGUUACAGGUCAACCUGAAAGACAACAGAUCAGCUGAGACAACAGUUGUUCCCACUACAGCCAUGAAUGUGAUGUCAUCAGUGAUGCGGGGAGCAAGGCUGCUGUCCCACACAGACAUGCAUCUGCUCCUCUGUCCUUCCCGGAGCUCCGCCCCCCUUCUCACCUGGACACAGAGCAGAAGGUUUGCCUCCAAACAGGUGAAAGGUCAGAGGAAGGACCCCAAGAAGCAGAACCCAAAGCCCAAAGUGGACAAACAGGAAGUGGAGAUCAGACAGGGAAUGACGGCGGCAGCGCUAGCAGCAGCCAUGAACAAAGACUUUGAUCACGUUUUAGAGGCUCUGCUCAACACCUCUAUGGACCUGGACUCCCUGAAGCCAGACUCUGUUCUGGAGGAGAAGUGGAUUAAAGAGGUGGUGACCAGGUCUGGGAUGAAGUUUAGAUGGGCCAAACUCAGCGAGAGCAGAGAGCGACCCAAUAGAGACGCCCUAAGGAGACCUCCGGCCGACCCGGCGCAGCUGGUGAGCCGCCCCCCGGUGGUCACCAUCAUGGGUCACGUGGACCACGGGAAGACCACGCUCCUGGACAGCCUGAGAAAGAGCCAGAUCGUCUCCACGGAGGCGGGAGGAAUCACGCAGCACAUCGGAGCCUUCCUCGUCCAGCUGCCUACGGGGGAGAAGAUCACAUUCCUGGACACGCCGGGCCAUGCCGCCUUCUCCUCCAUGAGAGCCCGCGGAGCCAACGCCACCGACAUAAUCAUCCUGGUGGUGGCGGCAGACGACGGUGUCAUGAACCAGACGGUCGAGUCCAUCCAGCAUGCCAGGAAAGCCAAAGUGCCUAUCAUCGUGGCGGUUAACAAGUGUGAUAAACCUCAGGCCGACCCUCAGCGGGUCAAACAGGAGCUGCUGGCUCAUGAUGUCAUCUGCGAGGAGUUUGGAGGAGACGUCCAGGCCAUCCACAUCUCUGCUGUGAAGGGCGACAACCUGCUAGCCCUGGCCGAGGCCACGGUGGCGUUGGCGGAGGUUCUGGAGCUGAAGGCUGACCCGAGCGGUCCGGUGGAGGCAGUCGUCAUCGAGAGUCGAACGGACAAAGGCAAAGGACCGCUAACGACUGCCAUCGUCCAGAGGGGCACGCUGAGGCGAGGUUGCGUCCUGGUCGCCGGGAAGUGUUGGGCCAAAGUGCGCUUCCUGUUUGAUGAGAACGGGCAGGCUCUGGCGGAGGCUGCACCGAGUACGGCGGUGCAGGUGGUCGGCUGGAAGGAGCUGCCAUCCGCCGGGGAGACCAUCCUGGAGGUGGAGUCUGAGCAGCGAGCCAGAGAGGUGGUGGAGUGGAGGAGUCACGAGGAGGAGCAGCAGAAGCUCCUUGAGGAGCAGAGCGCCAUUGAGCUGAAGCAGAAGCUCCACCUGGAGGAAUACCGACGGGAGCGGGAGGGGCUUGCCCACCUGAGCUGGCGGCAGAGGAAGGCCGCUCUGUACCGGGCCAACAAGACCCGCUUCUCUAUGAGGCCCAGCGAGAGGACGGAGAGCGACGAGCUCAGCUUGCCGCUCAUCAUCAAAGGUGAUGUGGAUGGGUCGGUCGAGGCGCUGCUCAACAUCCUGGACGGCUAUGACGCCCAGGAGCAGUGCCAGCUGGAGGUGGUCCACUUCGGCAUCGGAGAUAUCUCUGAGAACGACGUCAACAUGGCGGAGAUGUUUGGAGGUUCUAUCUACGGGUUCAACGUGGCGGCGAGCCGCUCCAUCCAGCAGCUGGCGGCGAAGAAGGGCGUCCCACUGCAGCUGCACUCCGUCAUCUACAAACUGAUUGAUCAGCUGAAGGACGAGCUGAGCAGCAAGCUGCCGGCCUGCGUUACCCAGAACAGCGUGGGUGAGGCGACGGUCCUCGCCAUCUUUGAUGUCUCUGUGGGGAAGAAGAAGGUUCCGGUAGCUGGCUGCCGGGUCCAGAAGGGCCAACUGGACCGACGCCUGAAAUUCAGGCUGAUCCGAGGAAAGGAUACAGUGUGGGAGGGUUCUAUAUCGGCGCUGAAGCACCACAAGGACGACGUUCAGACAGUGAAGACGGGGAUGGAGUGCGGCGUAUCAACAGACGGUGACGUGGACUUCAAAGCCAGUGAUGUCAUCGAGUGCUUUGAGGAGCUGGAUGUUCCCCAGGUCACUUCCUGGGACCCGGGGUUCUGACCGG